AGGUUAGAGCUCUGUUACAGGAGUGGGUAGGUAAGGUACUCUGCCCUGCAAUGUGCAGGAAUUCACGCUGGAUGAUCACAAUGGUCCCUGCUUCCCUUAAAGUCUGAGUAGGUAUAAAUCCUUUAGGCUUGCAAAAAAAUCUCUCCCUAUCCCACCCCUCCAAGCCUCCACAUAAUGAUUCCCUAAACAUAGACAAUUUCUGAAUUAUCUGUAUUCCUUUUGCGGUAUUCUCCAGUGGAGUUAUAUGCAUUUAAGUGUCUUCUAGUUCAAUAGAAGGGCUCUAUUCCCUACCUGGUUGGUCAAAAGGGGAAGAAUCUCAAUCUCUGGUGGGGAAAUAAUGCAACAAAAGACAACUUGAACAUUCAUACAGAUUUACUUUCCCACCAUGCUUGCAGUGAACUCUAGAGCAUGUACCAUAAGUCAACAUUAGCUAUGGCCUAUCAUUGGCAUACUCUGUGGGCGUUGCCUUUGUGCUUCUGGUAAGAAAUGACACAGGGAACAAAUAAAGACUCCAGAUUCAGUCCCGGUCGUUUCUUCCAUCCAGCUAAAAAAGCUAGAAGCAUGCAUGCUAUCCUGCAACUUACAUGUGCGUUAUGCAUUUUAGAAGCAACCACCUUGGUUUCAGGAGAGAUGAGAAGCUCUUCAAAGAAAGUUUUGCAUAGGAGGACAAGAGAACCUAAUGCUCAAUCUCCAAUAGACUGUAAACUGACCCACUGGAGUGAAUGGGGACCAUGUGACCCAUGCUCAAAUCUAAGGUUUCGCUCUAGAAGUGUUCAGCAAUUUGGACAGUUUCGUGGGAAACAGUGCCUGGAACCACUGGGAGACACACAAAGCUGUAAAACCAGCACAGCCUGUCCAGAAGAGCAAGAAAUCGAUUGUGGAGCUGACUUUAGAUGUGAUUCAGGUCGUUGUAUAAAGAGGAUGCUUGUAUGCAAUGUGGACAAUGACUGUGGAGACUUUUCUGAUGAAAGUGACUGUGAGAAAGAUCCAAAAUCACCAUGUCGUGACCCGGACAUUGAAGUGUCAGAGAUUGGAAGGACUGCUGGACAAGGAAUCAACAUUCUAGGGAUGCAGCCAAUGGCAAGCCCAUUUGAAAAUGAGUAUUUUAAUGGUAUUUGUGAUAGAGUGCGUGAUGGGAAUACCAGGACUUAUUACCGCAAGCCAUGGAACGUUGCUGUUCUCAACUACGAUACAAAAGCUGACAAAAGAUUCACAACUGAGUUCUACCAUGAUCGUGUGACCAUGAUAAAAGAGAUUUACCGUGAAAAACAAGAAUAUUUUUCGGUUUCCAUGUCAAUAAAAUACACACCUACUGAAAACAAUCAGGCCAUAUCUGUAAACAGCUCUCUUGGCUACCAGUUUUCAAAGAAUGAAACUCUAAAUUAUAUCUUGCGGUACUCCAAAGAAAGGAAACAAACCUUUCUGCAUGUCAAAGGAAAAAUACAACUGGGAAGAUUCCAAAUGCGAAGUCGUGGUAUACAGCUAACAGAUGCUUUCCUUGAAGAUGUGAAGUAUCUGCCCACUGAAUAUGACAAGGGGGAAUAUUUUAGAUUUCUAGAAAUGUAUGGAACACAUUAUGCUGUCUCUGGGACUGUGGGAGGAAAAUACGAACUUCUGUAUGUGUUGGAUAAUUAUGCCAUGAGGUUAAAAGAAAUCAAGUUAGAAGAUGUAAAGGAAUGUCUCGGUUAUCAUUUAGAUGUCAGUCUAGUAAAUAAAGAGCUGGAUUUCCAAGGUGGUUUAAAAGGUGGUAAAUGUGAAAGCAUCAACAGGAAAUCAGAUUACAAUCAUGAUGAUGAUGCAGUUAUUGAUGACAUCAUUUCUUUGGUUGAGGGAGGGAAGAUUGAUUUUUCUGUGAAAAUAAAAGAAAUGCUACUGAGGAAUGCCAAAGUGGUUGAUGUAGAGGAUUAUAUACAGUGGGCUAACUCACUGAUUGAUGCUCCAGUGGUGAUACAGCAGAGGCCAUCUCCAAUACAUACUCUUGUUCCAGUAAAAAUGAAAGAUGCACAUAUAAAGAAACAGAAUUUGGAAAGAGCCAUUGAGGAAUACAUUACAGAGUACAAUGUAUGCAAAUGCAAACCCUGCAAAAAUGGUGGUACCUUGUUGCUGGUGGAUGGAGAGUGCAUAUGUCUAUGCUCCAGCUAUUUUAAGGGAGAUGCCUGCCAAAUCCCCAAAUCAAGAGUAGAUGAAGAUAAAAAGGUCACCGAUGGGGGCUGGAGCUGUUGGACUGCUUGGUCCCACUGCAUGCAAGGAGAACGCACUCGAACUCGUCAGUGUAAUAAUCCUACUCCAGGACCAGGGGGCAGGCCAUGCCAAGGUGACAGCAUCGAAAAAAGCCACUGUUCUCAGGCAAAAUAAUUAUACAAGUCUAAAAAAGGUGAUUCUUAUGAAAGCAAUACAGCCUUCAAAGACAUGCAUGAACUCUGCAAUUAUUCUACUGCUCAAGCUUCCUGUUGGCAGAAGAGAGAUCAGCCCAAUGGAAUUGUAUGCUUCAUGAGUGCCUACAGCUUAAACAGUUGUGACAGAACUGACAGAGUGCCUACAGCCUAAUCAAAAACAAAAUACGAUAAAAAUAAACGUUUAAGGAGAUU